GUAGCUACAUUAGCUGAAGGCAAGGAGUGGUCCAUUGAAACUUCUCCUGCCAGGAACUGGACCCCACCACAGCCUAAAAUGUCUCUCUCUUCCACUCACCGUAGUUCUGCUGGGCAAUCUCAGACUGCAACUGCCUCUUCUGACAAGGCUUUUGAAGACUGGUUAAAUGAUGAUGUCAACUCCUACCAAGGUGGCCAAGAGAAGCGCUAUGUGGGGUUUGGAAACACAGUAAACCCCCCCAAAAAAGAGGAUGACUUCCUGAAUAAUGCUAUGUCUUCAUUGUAUUCGGGCUGGAGCAGUUUUACGACUGGAGCAAGCAAAAUUGCCUCAGCUGCUAAAGAGGGGGCUACCAGAUUUGGAUCUCAAGCAAGUCAAAAGUUUUGGGGCUACAAGCAGCAGCCGGAGCCGGCAUCAGAGUUAGGUCAGACAUUAAAUGAAAAUGUUCUCAAACCUGCACAGGAAAAGGUAAAAGAGGGGAAAAUAUUUGAGGAGGUCACCGUGGGGGUAUCCCAGUUGGCCAGCAAGGUUCAGGGAGUUGGAAGUAAGGGAUGGCGAGAUGUCACCACUUUUUUUUCUGGCAAACCAGAUGAUAAUUCUGAAAGACCUGCUGAGGGAGACAGCUACCAGAACAGUGGAGGGGAGGGCUACCAGAACAAUGCUGUAGAUCAAAGCUUCUGGGAGACCUUUGGCAACUCGGAUCCACCAAAAGCUCAUAAAUCUCCAAGCAGUGAGAGCUGGACCUAUGUGGACAAUUCCACAGAGAAGAAGAGCUCCGAUAGCUGGGACGUGUGGGGCUCAGGAACAGUCUCCAACAACAAGAACAGUAACAGCGACAGUUGGGAAAAUUGGGAAACCAACUGGGAAAACACAGGAGGGGAGAGCAAGACCAAAAAACCUCCUAAGGCAACAAAAAAGGCAUCUUCAGCUGAUGAUGGGUGGGAUAACCAGAACUGGUAGAACUCUUGUUAACCCUGUUUUGCACAGCUAGGAAAGGGAGGCUAUGCUGGCUGAUCGAGGGGAGAAAGUUUUACAUGCAACUGGAGUAUCUUGGUUGACCUUACUGAUCUGUUACUUUUGGGCUUCCCAAUUAUUCUCCUUUCUUCUGUCCCAAUUUAGGAAAAAAAAAAAGUAGCAUCUAGAUCUUUUAUUAUAUAAAGGUGGUGCCCUCUCUUUUUAAGGAUAGUGAGAAAUGUAUUCUCCUUGCACUA